UGGCUGGUGAGAUAGAGGAACAUAUGACGUUGUGGUUCUCUUCACUUCCUGUAAAAUUAUUUUCAACAGAAACAGCUACAUGUGAAACAGACCAAACCCCGGACACUAUUUCAGAAGAGUGAGAAAAUGGACUUCAUAUUCAUGAAAACUUUUCUCCACUGAAUGACAUGGUGUUGUAGUUGAACAACCAGAGGACAGCCAUGGCCGCCCUGCCUGUCAGAGGAUUACAACUCUCCCCAGUGAAAUACUUUGACCAGAAAGUGGACCUCAGAGCAGAGAAACGUGAAAACCUGCGAGGACGUAACAACGUGACUUCAUGUCGCAGCCCAACAAGAGAGCUGAACACGAGACUGAUGAAAAAUGAACUGAAGGAAAAGAGGCAUCUUGAAUUUCUCAGGAGGAGAUCAGUGAGCCCAGAGCCAUGUGGUGUUAAUAUUACAAACUCUUGCUCUAGGAGGAAACCUUCCCCAAACACGUUUUUUAGUAAACAUUACAGUUCAACCAGCAAGUCAGAGACAUUAAAUACAAAUAUCGAAAAUACUCCCACUGCUAAUGGAAGGCUUCCAAAGAUGAUUUUAUCACCAAUCAGCAAAAUAACUGAUGGACCAAGCCCCAGCAACUGGGCUUUAUUAUGGUCAGAACAGGUAACACUAACAGGGCAGGAGAAAGGCAACACCAAAAAUCAAUCAUCUACCUCUCCACCAGCAAUAAGGGAAACAACCCAGAGCAGGACGAAAGGCACAGAUAAUAGAGAGAUUAUAAAUGGUCAAAAGUCAAACAGCAAAACAUUCAUCCAAACUGAAAAGGUUCACCAGAAAUUCAUCAUCAACACUGAAAAUAUUCUGCCAAAAAAAAUGAUGCAAGAAACCAGUGUGCAGACUGCGUCUGGUUUUGUUACUGUCAAGGAGUCCGAUCUUCAGAGGUUAACUGAAUACUUGCAGGAGGCCCUGUGGAGAGAGGAGGCCUUGAAGAAGAAGCUAGCAGCACUCCAAGAGAGCACAUCAAAUCUCGUGAACUCCUCCAACAAAAUAUGGACGGUUCGCUGCUCUGAAGACCUACUGAGAAACAAGAUCAAGGCUCUGGAGGCGCAGCUGCAAGUCAGUCUGCAGAAGUUUCCCAAGGAUGGAGUGAAGAGACUCGUGAUACAGAUGGAGAAGCAGAAAAUGGUGUAUGAGGAAAGGGCCCUGGUCGCACUGCAGAAGAUCACACAGGAGAAAACUGAGGCACUCUGCAUGGCUGAGACACUGCAGGAAGCACUCAUUACAGUAAAGGCAGAGGCACUGAAGUGGCAGACCCUUUAUGAGGAGCAGAAGCUGAACUCUGGACAGCUCCGGGAGAACCAACACCUCAGUGAUGAACAACUGCAACAGCUGCACAACCAAAUGGAGCUGUCUAGAGGCAGAGAGUCCAUACUGAGGGAGGAGGUGGUGUCAUUGAGACAAGAGAACCAGGACCUACAGUACAACAUUUGCCUGCUGGAAGACGACAAGAAGAGUUUAAGAGAGGAAAUUCAGUACUUUAGAGAUGUCAGCGAUAAGAGCCAGGAUUUGAUGAUGCAGGGGCGUGUAAUGUCAGAGGAAGCAGAGACACAAUUGAGGGCGAAGAGGGACUCACAGGAGGAGCAGCUCCGUCACACCCAGGAGAAACUUCAACUCAAAGAGAGAGAGUGCGAGGAGCUGCAGACAGAGCUGCAUGCAGUGGAGCAGGAGUGCAAGUCCAGCCAGGCCCGGCUGUCGCAGUGCAGGGACGAGCUUCGGCAACUCAGCCAUCACCGCAGGAGACCGACGCGAUGUGGCUCCUGGUGGAAGGUGUGUUUGUUCCUCCUUCUUCUCCUGGCUGUGGCGGGGGUUGCCAUGUUGUGGCUGUGGCAUCCUCCUUUCAGAGAGCAGCUUGAAGACCUGUACUCAGACAUAGAAACCCGCAUCGAAAACUAUCUCAUGGACAUGGCCUCGCCUCAACACUCGGGCUGUUUUAGACCAAUAUGAUAAAGUCACUGCUCAGCAACAUUAUUUUGUUGUUGUUGUUGUUUUUUGCUUUUGUUUAUAUAUUCUUUCUGGGAUGUAGGAUGCAUUUGGUUAAUAUUAUUUUAUUUGAUAACAUAUUGGAUUUGGAACUAAAAGUUUGUGUGAAAAUGUUGUGUUGCCCAUCUGUGGGAUGUUUGCAGUAAAUUCAAAUACAUGAGAACAUUUCCAGUGUGAAACAUGAUUGUUGUGUACAACAAAACAAAAAUAUGAUAUUGAAAUUA